AUCUUGGCAGUUUGUUGUUGAGGACCAACCCCUCUGGAUAAUCUGCGCAGGGUCGCAGAAGCGUGUGGUUGUUUUCAAAACGGCGGUGGUAAUGACUGGCGGGACCGAGUUUCACAAAAGCUAUAACAACAAUAAAGACUCGGAGUACGGAAUGGAUGUAGACAUGGAUUCCAGUCAUAUUGAAAGUGAACGGGGGGAACUGGACAGUAGUAUCCCGGCUGCGUGCUCUUCUAACGGCAGUGGCGGGGAAGAGGACGAGACGGAGGCCGUUGGACGUGGGAGACAAGCCGGGGGUUCUAGUAGUCAGCACACGCCGGACGGGGGAGGAAUGCUCGGCUGCGGUAGAGAGCAAGAGGUGUCGGUCGAGAUCGGAGAGACGUAUUUAUGUCAAAGAGCUGACAAGACAUGGCAUGCGGCAGAAGUUAUUCAGUCCCGACUGAAUGAGCAGGAGGGCAGGGAGGAGUUUUAUGUUCACUAUGUAGGAUUCAACAGGCGCUUAGAUGAGUGGGUGGGGAAGGCCCGCCUGGCACUUACCAAGACAGUGAAGGAUGCAGUGAGAAAGAGCACAGAGAUUGGAGGUGUUGGUGAUUUGGGUGACCAGCCUGAAAGGAAGAUCACCCGCAACCAGAAGCGCAAGCACGAUGAGAUCAACCAUGUGCAGAAGACGUAUGCAGAGAUGGACCCAACAACAGCUGCACUAGAGAAGGAGCAUGAGGCGAUCACCAAAGUGAAAUAUGUGGAUAAGAUCCAGAUUGGAAACUUUGAGAUUGAUGCCUGGUACUUCUCACCAUUUCCAGAAGAUUAUGGCAAGCAGCCCAAGCUGUGGAUCUGCGAGUACUGCCUGAAAUACAUGAAGUAUGAGAAGACCUUCAGACAUCACCUGUCUCAUUGUCAGUGGAAGCAGCCUCCGGGGAAAGAAAUCUACAGACGGAGCAACAUAUCAGUGUUUGAAGUUGAUGGGCGGGACCACAAGAUCUACUGUCAGAAUCUUUGUCUACUAGCAAAACUAUUUCUUGACCACAAGACAUUGUAUUUUGAUGUUGAGCCAUUUAUCUUCUACAUCCUCACUGAAGUCAACAAACAGGGGGCGCACAUAGUCGGCUACUUCUCCAAAGAGAAAGAGUCUCCAGACGGGAAUAAUGUUGCGUGUAUUCUCACGCUGCCGCCGUACCAACGCAGAGGCUACGGAAAGUUUCUCAUAGCUUUCAGCUAUGAGCUGUCUAAGCUGGAGAGCACGGUUGGUUCUCCGGAGAAGCCUUUGUCUGAUCUGGGAAAGCUGAGCUACAGAAGCUACUGGUCCUGGGUCCUGUUAGAGAUCCUGAGGGACUUCAGAGGAACGCUUUCGAUCAAAGACCUCAGCCAGAUGACCAGCAUCACGCAGAGUGACAUCAUAAGCACACUGCAGUCGCUCAACAUGGUGAAGUACUGGAAAGGUCAACACGUUAUCUGUGUGACGCCCAAACUGGUGGAGGAGCAUCUAAAGAGCGCCCAGUAUAAGAAACCACCAAUCACAGUGGACACUAUGUGUUUGAAGUGGGCGCCCCCCAAAAAUAAACAAGCCAAGUUGUCCAAGAAGUGAGAGACAGAGCCAGCAACACAUAUCAUCUGCCAGCUUCCCCUUUACCUUUUCUCUUCAACUGGCAAAACACUGCUGUUAUGAAAACCUGCUGUAUAUAGUUAUUAGUAGCAUCUGUCAGUAUUUUCUUAAAUAUAUAUGUAAAAAAAACAAAA